AUGGUCGGCAUGGCAUCUUUCCUCGCAAUUGGCCUGGCGCCAUUGCUUGCAGCCGCUCAACUGUCUGGCUCCGUGGGCCCAACCACGUCCUAUUCCUCCAAGGCCAGCAACAAGAUUUGCAGUGUCCUCGACUAUGGCGGUGUCGCCGACAACUCGACUGACGUCGGCCCGGCCAUCAGCUCGGCCUGGGACGAAUGCAAGGACGGUGGUGUCGUCUACGUCCCAUCUGGCGCCUAUGCGCUGGAUUCUUGGGUCACACUGACCGGGGGCAGUAGCUGUGCUAUCCGCAUGGAUGGUAUCCUCUAUAGGACUGGUACUGACGGAGGAAACAUGAUCUUUAUCGAGCACACCUCCGAUUUUGAGCUGUUUAGCUCAACCUCUGAGGGUGCGGUCCAGGGCUUCGGGUAUGAGUUUCACGCGGAGGGAUCGCUGAGCGGGCCUCGCAUCCUUCGUCUGUAUGAGGUCUCGGACUUUUCAGUCCAUGAUCUCGCUCUGGUGGAUGCCCCGGCAUUCCACUUUUCCAUGGAUACGUGCUCCAAUGGAGAGAUCUACAAUAUGGCCAUUCGAGGUGGCAAUUCGGGCGGUUUGGAUGGUAUCGAUGUUUGGUCGACCAAUAUGUGGAUUCACGACGUGGAGGUCACCAACAAGGAUGAAUGUGUCACUGUCAAGAGUCCCGCGUCCAACAUUCUGGUCGAAAACAUCUACUGUAACUGGAGUGGUGGCUGUGCCAUGGGCUCCCUCUCCACCGAUGUCAACAUCACGGACGUGACCUAUCGCAACGUCUACACCUGGUCCUCGAACCAGAUGUACAUGAUCAAGAGCAACGGUGGCAGCGGCACGGUGUCCAAUCUCCUUCUCGAGAACUUCAUCGGUCAUGGCAACGCCUAUUCCCUCGAUGUCGACCAGCAAUGGAGUAGCAUGAGCACUGUUGACGGUGACGGCGUCCAGCUCAACAACAUUACGAUCAAGAACUGGAAGGGCACCGAAGCCGAUGGCGCACAGCGCGGACCCAUCAAGGUAAACUGUGCUGACGGCGCGCCUUGCACAGAUGUCACGAUCGAGGAUUUCGCGAUGUGGACUGAGUCAGGUGACUAUCAGUGGUACUGGUGCAAUAGCGCGUACGGCUCUGGUGCGUGCUUGCGCGACGGUGACGACUACGUUUCAUAUUCGACCACUGUCACCGUCACGGCGACCCCAACAGGCUACUCGGCGGCCACAAUGGCGUCAGAUCUCGCGACCGCGUUUGGCACGGACUCGCCCAUCCCGAUCCCGGCGAUCCCAACGUCGUUCUACCCCGGAGCGACACCAUACAGUGCUCUGGCGGGAGCCGCGUCUUCGUCUAGCGGAAGUGCCGCGGUGAAGGUAGCGUCUCAGUCUUCGUCUAGUGUUCUGGCAAAGACGACAUCCACGUCUACUCCUCUGGAGAGUAAGGCGUCUACGUCUACUCCUCUGGAGACGGUGGUGUCUACGUCUGCCUCUAGUUCCUUGACAGAGGUGACGUCUACAUCUACUUCGAGUGCUUUGGAAACGGCUACAUCAUCGCCUAACAGUGUGGAACCGACUGACCUGCAUCCCCAAGGAGUUGCUGAGUCUUUUGGAUACAAGGGGCAUCAUGGUUCAGCCCACAAGUUUUGCAGGAGUCAUUGA